UCUGAUUGGCUCUCUGGGAACCUACCGCGGCCACGAGGGAAAGAAGCUUCAGCUUCUCGCAUGCGCAGUUAGUAAGAAUGAGCCUCAGGCCGCUGAGGGAAGCCGGGACGAGAGUACGGCGCGUGCGCAGAGCCAGGAACGCGUUGCGAACUCUCUUCUGCGGUGAUCCAGGAUCUCCCAGAACGUUGGGGGCGGGAGGCCGGUCCUGAGAUCAGGUCCGGAGCAAGCAGAGCCACUUUCUUUAUGAGCACCCCAGGUUUAUUUCGUUUUCCUGCACCCCUGUCCAGAAUACGCACAGUGCCAUGGGGACUCCAGCUUUGGGAGAAGCUGACAUUGUUAUCCCCAGGAAUGGCUGUCACUCCAGUCCCAAUGGCAGGCAAGAAGGAUUGCCCUGCUCUGCUUUCCCUGGAUGAGAAUGAACUCGAAGAACAGUUUGUGAAGGGACAUGGUCCAGGGGGCCAAGCAACCAACAAAACCAACAACUGUGUGGUGCUGAAGCACAUCCCCUCGGGCAUCGUGGUGAAGUGCCAUCAGACAAGAUCAGUUGAUCAAAACAGAAAGCUAGCUCGGAAAAUUCUACAAGAGAAAGUGGACGUUUUCUACAAUGGUGAGAACAGUCCAGUUCUCAAAGAAAAACGAGAGGCAGAGAAGAAAAAGCAAGAAAGGAAAAAAAGAGCAAAGGAAACCCUAGAAAAAAAGAAACUACUGAAAGAACUAUGGGAAUCGAGUAAAAAUGUGCACGGAGACGGGAACUGCAGGACGGACAAAGCUGCCAGGGAGUAACGGCGGUUCAGAGUCAAGUGAACCAUGGGAGGAAAAACCAAACUGCUAUCAUUU